AGUGAUUUGAGACAUUGGCAGUGCCUCAACCUCAGGCAUGUUGUUCCUCCUGGGUCUCAACCUCCUUGCCUGUGCUGUGAAGAGUGUUGUGAGUGCAAAUUCCUCUCAGAAUUUCAAUGAUAUUCAGAAUGAAGAUGUGAGACGGUGGUUUCGCAACAUGGACGCUGAACUCAAGUCCCUCAACAAAUAUACAUCGAUCAUCGCAUGGGAGUUGAGCGUUAAUCCUUCAGAGAAUCUCGCUGAAAAGGGAGUAAAGCUCAAUGGAAUAAGAUCAGAAUGGCAAAAGGAGAAGUGCGAUGAAGUUCUCACUAUUCUAACGGCUCCCAUAGAACCAAAAGUUCAGCGAGCAGUUACUCUUCUCUGUCGCGGUCCUAGAUUCUCACCUCAAGAGGCUGAAGCUCUUUCUCAAGCAAUUGCUGAUAUGCAGAACACCUACACGGAUACACAAAUCUGUCUACCGAAGGAAGUCAAUGUCUGUGAUAGUCCAGAUUCCCUCUGGGACUUCACAUUUAUCCGAACCCCUGGGGACAGUGGUUUCUAUUGGAUGAACUUGAGAGAUUUUGUCGAAGGCGAAGCUUUUGCCAAAGCAUCAGAUUACUUUGCCAUAAUUCCUCUUGAUACGCACUUUGUGUGCUUCGAUGGAGAACCUGAUCUCGAGAGAAUUAUGACGGGAGAUUUUGGUCCCCUGGGAGGAUGUCACCCAAGCAAUCCUGAGAUUAUUUACCAAUGGGCGUGGGAAGCCUGGAGAAUGGCAGUGGGAGUUACUAUUGGUAACAUCUACCCGAGGGCAGUGGAUCUGAUGAAUCGUGGAGCUCACAACAGUGGCUAUCGUGAUACUGGAGAGAUUUGGCGCGAAGAACUCGAGGUGGAGGACUUGGAGGGACUCGUAAAGGAUCUAUGGCACGAAGUGAAACCCCUGUACACCCUCCUUCAUGCUGUAGCUCGACACUUUUUGCUACAGAAAUACCUGGAAAAUCCCAUUGAGGGAUUCACUGAGCAUGGAAAAAUUCCAGCUCACAUUUUGGGCAAUAUGUGGUCACAGAAUUGGGCAUCACUGCACAAAUUACUAAUGCCGGACAUUGGAUUGGAUCUGGAGGCAAAUAUUCGAGCGACAAAUUGGACAGCACUGGAUAUGGUAGAACAUGCUGAGGACUUCUUCACUUCCGUGGGCCUGAUGAAGAUGUCACGGAAAUUUUGGAUGUAUUCGCAAUUUGAGAAGAGCAACACAACAAGAUGCCAUGGAACAGCUGCAAAUAUGUUCAUGCCCGAAGACUAUCGGAUGAUUGUCUGUGCUGAGAAGAGCCUGGAGGAUUUUUAUGUGAUUCACCACGAAUUUGGUCAUUUGGCUUACUACUCAGCCUACAGACAUCAACCGACAAUAUUCCAAGAAGGAACUAAUUCGGCAUUUCAGGAAGCAAUUGGAGAUGCUCUAUUUAACGGAGUAAUGACGCCUCAACAUCUCAAUCGAUUGGCUCUCUUGCCAGAUGAAUUUCUCUUGCCGAACAACAAUACCGUCACCUUUGCAAAUGCCGAGUUCUUCAGAAAAAUGCCACAGGACCAGGCAAAAUCCCCAGUCCACAAUAUCUACGACAUUUCUAUCCUUCUACGAGUAGCUCUAGCCAAAAUACCCCAACUCCCCUUCGAAUACAUCCUGGAUGUCUUCCGUUGGAGUCUCUUUAGUGGAAAAGUUGAUUUUAGCGAUGCCAAUGAUUACUUUUGGGCCCUCAGUGAGCUCCAUCAAGGAAUUCAACCGCCUGGACAUGGAGAUCGACACAAAUUGUUCGAUGCUGGAGCCAAAUUUCACGUUGCAGACAAUACUCCCUACGUACGCUACUUCCUGGCUAGCAUCAUUCAGAUGCAAAUCUUCAAGGGACUUUGCCAAGUCACCAUUUUCGACAGGGUGGAUCCCAAAGAAGCCCUCCCAAUGCCCCUUCACCGGUGCGAUAUUUAUGGGUCAAAGAGAGCAGGAAGAAUUCUCAGGAAAUCCCUCUCAUUGGGAGCUUCUGUUCACUGGACAACAGUCCUGGAGAUACUUACAGGAUCCAAAAAUAUCUCUUCAGAACCCCUCUUAGAAUACUACAAACCUUUAAUUGAUUGGCUCGAGCACACAGUGCAUGAACUUGAUAUACCCGUCGGAUGGUAAAAGUGUAUUUAUAAAAGAAUUGUUUCACAGUUAUUUUGAAAAUAAAAGCCAUACAAAUUUCUAAAAAUUAUAAAAAAA